AUGAACAUUCAGGAAGAUUAUUCCCCAAUAAUUAUUGGUCAAAAUAGAAAAACUUUGAGAACACAACAUCUUUUGGAAUUGGAUUAAAAUGGAGAUGAACAACGAUAAGACGAUUUUUAUUCUUAGCCAAAUGAUAAUGAAUAGUUUCAAAAUCAAGAUUAAGAAGAUCUAUCAUCUGAUAAUUGGAGUGAGGAUGAUAAUGAUCGGAGGUAACAGGAUUAAAAAUCUACAAAUCGCAUCUUUUCAAAAAAAAAUAAAAAGAACAUUAAAUAUAAAAGCAAAGGUAUUUCUUAAGAAAUUGGAGAAGGAGAAACCAAAAAUUUAAAUAAAUAUUACAUAAAGCAUGUUGUUAAGGAAAUCAGAAUGAUACUGUAAAAUGAAGAAACGGAAGCCAAACUAAAGUAACUAUUAGAUGGAAAUUAUAAUUGUAAUUAAUUGGGAAGGAUUUUAGAUGAGGAAAUUUUUAGACGGGUAGCAAUUAAAUAUAUACAGAGUUUUAAUUUUUUUAAUGAUUUACUACGAUCUAAAAAAUAAAUAAAUGUCCAACCAAUCAUAUAAUAUGCAAAAAAAUUAGAGGAAAUCAGUUAUAAAAACAAAAUUUUCAAUUAUAAAGACUGA